CCCAGAUACUCCAACGAGAUUUGCUAUCUGCAGCGUUCUGUUCCGCGCCCUGUAGCUUGACAGGUGCUUAUAAUUGCCAGAUGAACACAAGGAUUGAGUUACGGCAGGCAUUCGAGAGGGCUCACCCAGCAUGGAGCUCCCGGCUUCCUCUCGUUCUGCUCUCGCAUGCCUAUUUGUUGGCCUCGUCUUCGCUUGUAUUCUUGCCUUUUACUUUGCAAAACGUCCGUGCUAUCCGCCUGGCCCAAAAGGCUUACCCAUCAUUGGCAAUCUCUUCGACGUACCCAGUGAUUAUGCCUGGAUAACAUACAGAGAACUCGGGCGCCGAUAUGGAUCGGACAUCCUCCACUUCGAGGUGUUCGGGCUGCAUAUUGUGGUCCUCAAUAGCAUGGAGGCUGCGGAAGAUCUUCUCGAUAAGCGAUCAGGUAUCUCCUCAGACAGACAACAAACGGUUAUGAUUCAAGAGCUCACUGGUUGGCACCGCAGCUGGGCCGGUAUGGAGUAUGGCGAUGCUUGGAGGCAACGUAGAAGAUUAUUUCACCAACACUUUCGCCCCUUGGCUGUUCCGCAGUAUCACUCAAGCCAAGCCAAGGCCGUUCUUAACCUGCUCCAGUCACUGUUAAACUCUCCAGAGGGAUUCCUGGAGCAUAUCCGCUUCAUGGCCGGGGCUAUGAUACUCGACGUGGUGUAUGCCUUCGAUGUUCGACCAGGUGACCCUAGAAUAGAGCUUGUCGAGAAGGCAAUGCGUACCUCGAUGGAGAUAGUCAACUCAGGCGUGUAUCUGGUGGAUGUGAUCCCCGUUUUGAAGCAUCUGCCUCCUUGGUUUCCCGGGGCUGGCUUUAAACGGCAAGCUGCCGAGUGGAAGACUUUGGUAGACGGUAUGUUUGAGAUCCCCUAUAGUCAAGUCAGGGCGUCGGUGCGAGAGGGCAAACAGAAACCCUGCUUUUUGGCCACUUUGCUUACCAGCGUCAACGGUAACGAAGACAUGACAUACUGGGACGAAGUAUUUAUGUCACUGACCGGAACUGCAUAUGGAGCCGGGUCUGAUACAACAGUGGCAACCCUCACGACAUUCGUGUUAGCUACGGCCAAGUUCCCCGAGAUACAAGUCGCAGCCCAUGAAGAACUCGAUCGAGUGCUCGGGAGGAAACGCUUACCUGAGAUAGAAGAUAAAGAAUCUCUUCCUCACAUCACUGCAAUACUACACGAGGUUCUACGUUGGAACCCUGUCGUACCACUUGCAAUUCCGCACCGAACUAUUACUGAUGUUAACUAUCGAGGGUACCACAUCCCAGCUGGAUCUGUCAUAUUUGCUAAUCCUUGGGCUAUGUUACAUGAUGAAAAUAUUUUUCCCGACCCCGACGCAUUCAAACCGGAGCGGUUUCUCAACCCAGAUGGUUCGUUGCUGGACGAAGUACCUGAACCCAUCGAAGCGUUUGGGUUCGGACGGCGGACCUGCCCUGGCCGCUACUUUGCCCACGACGUUCUCUGGUUGGCUAUCGCGAAUAUUCUCACCGUCUUCAAGAUAGAACGGUCCGUCGACGAACGUGGAAACACGAUUGAGCCCAGGAUGGAGUUCACGCCACGUUUUAUGAGUGCACCGAGGCCUUUCAAAUGCCGACUCACCCCGCGAUUCUCUGGAGCUGAGACUCUCAUUAGUUCGGCUGCGUUGACCGUUGAGGGAUGAAACAAAGCUGGGUUAUAGAGCCGUCGCUAUAAUGCGACAUAAUUCUCUGUUGCUAUUUGCCUGAGAGGCGUUAUACAAGCGGCUUCGGUUCAUGAGCAGCUGAGUCCUGCCAGUGCUUCCACC